AGCAGUUCCUGAUCAUCCCUCUACUGAUCCUCUGACGACUGAAUGGAAUUUACAAGCUUCAGCACUCCCGUCCACAUCAUCUGGACGACACUCCCGCCCAGAACACCGCCCGGUUGACCCGUGCGUCAUUGCCCACUUCCCCGCUACCGCAUCGCCCUCCCUUACAUAUACCGCGCGAGCCACUUGCUGAAGAGUGAGUGCAUUCCAGUCCUCGCACUAAUCCCCACUUUGCGUGAUCCUAUGGCGUCGAUCCUCCGGCAGAUUGUUGCCGGGCCUAGAUUACAACAUCCGGAAGCUGGUCUGGAUCUUUGUUAUGUGACGGAUAAUAUCAUCGCCACCUCCGGUCCCUCCUCCAACUACCCGCAACGCGCCUACCGAAACCCGCUCGACGAGCUCGUCAAAUUCCUCGACUACAAACAUGGCUCCGACUGGUGUAUCUGGGAGUUCCGAGCCGAAGGCACCGGGUAUCCUGACUCGGAGGUCUACAACCGUAUCCAUCACUACCCGUGGCCGGACCAUCACCCGCCCCCGUUUGCGCUUAUCCCCGCCAUGACGGGGAGUAUGCGCAACUGGAUCCAUCGGCUCGAUGAGCCGGAGUCCAAGGAGAAGAAGAAGGCCAGGGUCGCCGUCGUUCAUUGCAAGGCGGGGAAGGGCCGCAGUGGAACCGUGGCCUGCAGCUACCUCAUCAGCCAGGAGGGCUGGAAGGCGGACGAUGCGCUCCAGAGAUUCACUGAGCGGCGGAUGAGAGUUGGUUUUGGGGCCGGCGUGAGCAUUCCUAGUCAGGUGCGGUGGGUGGGAUAUGUUGACCGCUGGACGAAUCAGAUGGGGAAGAAGUAUAUUGAGCGGCCGGUGGAGAUCCUUGAGGUGCAUGUGUGGGGAUUGAGAGAUGGGGUCAAGGUUGCGGUGGAGGGAUUUGUCGACCAAGGAAAGAGGAUCAAGAAGUAUCACCUUUUCCAUCGGAGUGAACGGACGGUGAUCGAUGAAGGGAAGUCGAAGACGAUGUCCCCAGAAGCCGCAGACGAGCAUGCCAAUGGUAAUGACAGCCACAAAGAACCACCCCCAUCCGCGGCAGCACUCCCAUCCGAGACUGACAGCCCUCUUUCAGCCAUCGACUCCCCCGUAACAGCAGACUCUCCCCCGAAACACGUUUCAGCCGUGAUCUUCCGCCCCAACCAGCCCAUCAGCGUGCCCACCUCCGAUAUCAACAUCGACUUCGAACGACGCAGCAAAGCCGCCUACACCGGCUGGGCCAUGGUAACUUCCAUCGCUCAUGUCUGGUUCAACACCUACUUCGAAGGCGGCGACCAGCACGACUCGGGCGUCUUCGAAGCCGAGUGGGACGCUCUCGACGGGAUCAAAGGCACGACCCGAAAGGGCGUCAAAGCCUUAGACCGAGUGAAAGUCGUCUGGCGCUAUGCAAACCAACCGGGAACCUCCCACCCCGAUACAGGGAAACCCAUCUCCGAGCCUCAACCCGGCGAACCCAUCCCAGAAACCCAGCCCCCGGACUGGCAUAUCCACGGUUCUGAUUCCCCCAGCGAUCAAGAGAACCUUCCCGCCCAAGAAGUCAACGCCGACUCUGACCCAGAACCCAAGAACUCCACCGAACACCCCCACAGCCACAGCAGCAAACACAACAGCACCCACCACCCCAUCCUCUCCGAACUCAGCACCGCAGCCGCCAGCGCCAUGGAAGGACUUAACAAACAGCUCGGCCUCCGCAAACAAACCGACGAAAGCAAAGACGUCAGUCUGGCUGGGAGCAGCGAAGAUGAGUCCGGGAGUAACUCCAAAUCCAAGACGAAGAAAGUGUGGUCAUCUGUCGAUGAAGAUAAAUGAACCGCGGGGUACUGGCUAUCAUACAAUACAGAAGAUGGACAUACAUUAACUAACAUUCUUUUGAGACUUUGAGAACCGACUAGUAGUAUACUAGUUGGAAGGAGCGUGAACGUGAACACUGUGAUAUCGUUGUCACCUGUAAUUUUAAAUCGUCCUGAUUUUUUCUUAUCUUGUCUGUGUAUACGAAUAGGACUUGGUUUGUGUGGUACAUAAUAUCAUACAUAUAUUGAUACAUGAAUACAUUCAGG